GAGAGGGAGACAAAGGAUCUGAAGCAGGCUCUGUGCUGACAGCAGAGAGCCCAAUGUGGGGCUGGAACCCAUGAAUCAUGAGAUCAUGAUGUGAGCCAAAGUCAGUUGCUAAACUAACUGAGACACCCAGGCGCCCCAAGCUAGAUAAAUCUCUAAGCUUUAUUCUAGUAGGACAAGUUUCCCCCCAAUUUUGCUGAAUGUAUGUAAUACUAUCCCUCUGAAGUUUUGCGUAUAAUAUUGUAUACUUAACAGCAUACUGCCCUGCAGAUUUGCCCAAUUUCUAGUAUUAAUUCUAUAUUCACAAAUCCCCGAUCAGUUUUUACUUUACCUUGCUAUUGGAGUCCCACCUCUGCUAUUAACAUUCUUAGCUGUUAAGAUUUUGAAAGUUAGUAAUUGUGAACUGGUCAAAUCAUUCAGAAAGUGGUAUGACUCCUUGGGAGCUAAGAUCCGAAAAGGUGGUUUUUUAUGAGGAGCAACUUUUUCAUGUAAUCCUAUCAACAAUACCAUGAGGCAGAAGCUAUUAACUCCAUUUCAUAAAUGAGAAUCAAAGCCUAAGAAAGUUCAGCAUGGUUUUAUAAUUCAAAUUGUAGAGCUGGGACUUAACCACGUGACUUCUUGAUUUUUAAGUCCAUGCUAUUCCAUUACUCUUUCUGUGUUGAAAAGUUCCUUAUGUUCUGGAAAUUUCUAUUCUCUAAACCACAUGAAAACUGUUCCAUCCUGUGACUGGUUUCCUUCAGGCCCCACUUUCCUUUAUUUAAAAAUAAUUCAUCACAUGAGUAGGAAUUGCCUUAAUCUACUUAUGCUAUUUUUGUUUGCUAGAGAGUUGAUAUCUUAACCCAAUUAAGAUGUGAAACCCCUCUGAGCAUCAGAAUUUCUGAAAUGGACAAGGUUUUUGCUCCAAGGUAUCAUUAGCUCUCUAUAUGGUCAUAUCAUGCAUAUAUACUUAGAUUGCUUGUGUAAAACUGUCCUAAUGUUGGAUUUAUUCUCCCUUCACUCAAAAAAAAAAAAAAUACUGUUUAUCUCAUGGUUAAGUAAAUGAUCUGAUGAAAAUCUGAAUGGCUUCUAGGAAAACUUGACAGUUCUCAUAGUGAGAUUUCUUAAUAUCCAUUUAAUUAUCCUAGGUAAUGCCAUUAUGUUUCUUUGCACAGAACUGCUUAAGAGGUCCCUGGAAGCCAUCAUGACCUGUUAUUAAGUCAUGAUGAGUUGAACUCUUUCAUGCUAACUCUGUUUAAAUACAUGAACUUACAAGUGUUGUCUUUGAAUCUUAGUCAUGCUGAGCUAUGCUUAGAUAGCAAACAGUUUUCAAAUUCUUAGUGGUUUCCAAAGUAAAGGUGCAUUUCUCCUUUAUACAGAGUUGAGUGCAGGUCUGAAAACUUACCUGAAUGACUUGCUCCAAGUAGUGAGUCAGGGAUCUAGGCUAUUUUUACCAUGUGACUCCACUAUAUUGGUGUCUUUUGCUUAUAGACAUGUGGUGGAUACAUGUGAUCCAUUCCCACUGGAUUUAAUCACUAGACUUACGGGUCCACCUCAGCCUAAGAAGGAGGCUUACACAUAGCUGGACUAAAAAUAAUAAUUUUAAGAAUUCCAACCUGAAACCAUAAUUUCUUAGGUUCACCCUUUAUUACCACUCCUUUGAUACCAUAAGCUUUAUGAACUUCAAUUCCCCUAAGUGCUUUAUCAUCAUUACUUAUGGCUUCUUGUGAAAUAGAUUUCAAAUGGCAAAGCAACUAGACUCCAGACAGGUUGAACUUGGGGUCUAGAGAUACUGAAAAUCAAAGAAAAAUAGUAUAUUUUGGAAGAGUUGAUGGAGGGUUCCUGGGUGACUCAGGUAGUUGAGCAUCCAGCUUUGGCUUACUUCAUGAUCUCACGGUUUGUGGGUUCAAGCACUGACAGCUGAGAGCCUGCUCUGUCUCCCUCUAUCUCUGCCCCUCACCCACUCGUGCAUGCAUGCGCUCUCUGUCUCUCUCUCUGUCUAUCUCUCUCUCUCCCCCCACCCACACACAAAUAAAUAAACCUUAAAAUUUUUUUAAUUAAAAAAGUAAGAGUAGAUGGAUUUUUACUUUUAUUCAGAUCAAUUAUGAUGCAUUAUAGAAAAUCAUCUCAUUAACAUAGAAUCCAAUAAGCAGUCCCUUAACUGUCUUUCCCUGGCACCAAUACCUUGAACUUGGGCCACUCCAAGUUCCCAGAAGCUAAAACCCAGCCUUCCUACAGGUCUUGUAAAAAUUUACUCAUCGGUGCAACCUACAGGUAGGACAUGUCUGGUGAAUUGCAAAAGGAGGCAAUGACUCUGAUCCAAGCCUGACCCUACCACAGAUUUCAUCCGUGGUACGCAGGACUAAAGACACUGUACUAUGUGAAGUGGGUCCUGCUGCCUUACUUCCAGAAAGAAGUAGUAUAUCUUCUUAGAAAAGGCAGAAUCUUAGAGUUAAGCCCAUUUUGAUUUAAAUCUCAACUUUGCCACUUAGCUAUCUGACUUUGAUCAAAUUACAUAAUAUUCUGAGCCCGAGUUUUUAUGUGUGUGAAAAAAAGCCACAUAGAUCUCAUAAAAUGUUGUGAGACUUACAGCACCCUUGAUAUAGAAGGUGCUUUGCAAAUGUUAGUUCCCUUUUAAAAUUAAUAACAAAGACCUAGUGAUCUUCAUAAUCAUAUAAGCAGCCAUAACAGAAAUUUUAGUGAUGGGAGUCAUUCAAGAGUGCCUGGUUUAACAUAUUACAUCUAGAUUUGGGGGAGGAAAAGCGAUGCACACAUCUGAAUUUUCUGUGGAUUAUUUGAAAAUGCAUGGUCUCAGGCCUCAUCCCCAGUUUGCUGACUCAGAAGCCCUGGGAAUGGGGCCUGUGCAUGUGUAAUUGAAAACAGGCUUCAUGAAUGAUUCAGAUGCACACCCCUAGUGAAGUACCACUAUAGAGGCUGGCACAGGGCCUGGUAAAUAGGAGGUGCUCAGCAAACAUUUGUGGAACUCUGGGGGUCCAUUUCUUAGCCCAGUUCCACCCUGCUAUAACCAUAAAGCUUCUUUCUGCUCUUCCUGCCUUCCAGUCACUAUGAUAUCAACCAUUGAUUCUCUUACAGGAAUCUGACCCUUCCCAGAGAAAAAGUGGUGUUUCAAAGUAUCCAUCCAGCCAUUUGCAGAAAUGUAGACAAAACAGUAAUACAACCGUCUACUUUUAAAAAUAGCUUCACGACAAUGGAUUUAGCCACUUCAGCAACACUAUAGUGUAAGCUGUGAUAAUAAGCUAAUAUUUGUUGAGCAUCUACAUGGAGUGGACUCUAGGUAAAGUGUGUGUUCUCAUAAUCCCUCUGUGGUAGGUACUGUGAAUAUCCCAAUUUCACAGUGAGGAAAUGGAGGCUCCAAGAGGAUGUGUACCUUGUUCAAGUUCAUACCGAAAAAGUUUUACAGUGACGUUCAAAAACAUUCCUAGGUGACUUCAAAGUCAAAAAGAACUCAGGAGCUCAUUCUGAUGAUUAUGGUGUCCUGGGCCAGAAUUUGUUUAUAGUCUGGCAUUCUAUAUUACUAGCUCACAGAAACUAUUGUGGUAUUAACAUAUUGAUUUGUAGUGCCAAUGUUUUAGGUCACCAUAUACACACCAUUUUCAUGAUAGAAAAAGGUGUCAAUGAAAUGGGGUAGGUCUGAAGACACUAGGGCCACAAUAGUAAAGUGAUUUUCUAGGACCCUGAAGGUGGCAAAAACUUCAGACCUUGAGCAGUGUAUUAAAAUAGCUCAUCUGUUUGCUUACUAUCCACUUCCCUGCCUUCUUUACCAUAUAUUUACUUGGUUAUAUAUGCACAUAAGUAAACAUGCAAGGAAAGAAUAGAUAACCUAGGCUUUAGAAUAUCCAAGAAGGAUGAGCCAGUUACUACUUCCUGUCAUACCACCCUGUGUUAAUUCCCUGCAUAACCGCUAUUAUUGCCUGGAAAGUUUAUGCAAUAAUUAUCUGUUUAUUUAUUUCUUGCCUUUUCUCAUCAGCAUUUUCUCCAUGAGAUCUGGGACUUUGUGUAUCUUGACUAUCAUGAUAAACUGAAUAGGUAAGCACAGUCCAAGGAUAAGGGAGGCAUGAUCAUGUAUCCACAAUAUCAGAUAGGAAAGUAGAGACUGGAGACUGUUAAGGUCAAAAAAAGAGAGAAAUAGGGUGCAUGACUGACAUGCGACUCUUGAUCUUGGGGUUGUGAAUUUGAGCCCCAUGUUGGUUGGAGAGAUUACUUAAAAAAAUCUUUAAAAAAAGAUAAAUAUACCAAAAGACAUAAAGUGAUGCUAGAAGACUUGUGAUCUCUGCACCUAGAGCAGGAAUAUUCUGUUUUAUACUCUCUUUUGCUUAUGUGUGUGCCCAUGUGUCUGUGUGUCAGAGAGAGAGGGAGAGAGGGAUGGAGAGACAGGUCAUAGAUCAGGGGCCAGAAAAUGGGGUAAGAAGGACUUAUAAAUGUGUGUUUGUAGACAGAGAAAAGCAAAAGCCAAACAGUUGGCUCCUUAUACUAUUAUAAAUUUCGAUGUUAUGAGUUAUGAGUGAAUGAAGGAUCAAGCUGAGAAUAAACAGUAACCUAAGCUAGGAGAGUGGUCUGGGAAGGAAGAAAGGAGAGAUUAAGCAGUUCAGAAUAACAGUGCGUGGCCACUGGAUGAUAGGAAAGAGCCAAGGCAGACUUGAGUACCUGCUGAUAGUCAGCCCAUUCUUUGAUGUGGACCACAUGUAGAGUAAUCUUCGUGGAAGAGCAUUAUGACUUAUGUUUUGGUAAAUUGAAUUUAAUGUGCUAUGGCCAGCCCAAAUGUUAAUGUAGGAGUCAAGGAAUAAGUAGGUCUGAAGCUUAGGAGAGAAAUUAAAACUGGAGAUUUAAGUUUGAGAGUCAUCUGGCGCGCCUAGGUGACUCAGUCAGUUAAGCCUCCAACUUCGGCUCAGGUCAUGAUCUCAUGGUUCAUGAGUUCAAGCCCCGUGUUGGGCUCUGUGCUGACAACUCAGAGCCUGGAUCCUGCUUCAGAUUCUGUGUCUCCCUUUCUCCCUGUUCCUCUCCUCCUCACAGUCUGUCUCACUGUCUCUCUCUCAGAAAGAGAGAGAGAGAGAGAGAGAGAGAGAGGAAGGAAGGAAGGAAGGAAGGAAGGAAGGAAGGAAGGAAGGAAGGAAGGAAGGAAGGAAGGAAGGAAGAGUAAGUAAAUAAAUUUGGGAGUCAUCAGCAAAUCUAUACCUUCACUUUUCUCAAAAUCACCAAAUUUACCUGUCUUAUGUAACUCUCAAUGAUUAUUCUUUAGUAUGGAGAUAUGACUGCCCUACUAUCAAUGCAUAUAUUCCCUACUAUAAUAAAUAUUAAGACAGAAAAAUAUUCUACAGUUAUCAGUACAUAUUCAGUGCAGCAUUACGCCAUCACCAGUGGAGUGGAGUAAGGUUAUGAAAUUGCUUAGAUUUAUUCAAUCUAUUUUAGGCAGCCAUGCUUGAGGACGCAACUUAGAACCUGGGAGUUAAUUUUAGACUCCACUUCUGGUCCUCAGGGAAACUCUUACAUCUCGGUAUGCUACAGGCAUCACCAGAAUGUCUUUUUCUAGGCACUAGGAAUUUGUCAUAAUGAUGACUAUCUCCGAGUGACAGGCAAUAAAAAAUACCACUUAAACAGUGGAUCUAGACUGCUUGGUUUGAGUCCUGGAUCCUCAAUUUACUACUCAUGUAACCCAUCUACAACCCAUGUUAGGAGAUAUUAAUAAUACCUGCCUCAGAGAGUUGAUAUGAAGACUAAAUGAAAUUAAUAACAUAUGGUGCUAGAACAAUGCCUGGUGUAGAAAAAAUACUAAGUGUUCAUGUUUUCAAAAAUAUUUUAGAAUUAUCACCAUACUCUACUCAUAGUACUGUUUAAUAAAUUCUGGCCAAAUGGAAGUAUUCAAUAAGCAUUUACUAGACUACUUCUGUAAAACUAAAGGUGGUGUUGGUAGUGUUUUAAGGAAACCCUAAAUCAAGAAAAUAAAAUAAAUACCAAAUAAAGAAAGCCAGUAUUAUCCUGGGUUAGAUUAAUAGCCUUUAAAAUUCCUCAAAUAAAUAAUAUUAUACUACCUAUUUCAUAAUUGUAUAAGUCUUGCUUCAGAUGCUAUCACUGGGUUCUUGUACACUUAUGUCCACAUUAUUUAUACAUUAUCCAUCAAAAUAAAUAGAACAUCAGGGUUAUUACUCUACAUAUAUUACAUUACAUUCUUUACACAGAAAAGAAAUGGGUAUGUGUGUAUCACAUUUACAAAAUGGGUACUUCCUGUGCCAAUUUCUUUUAUAUAAAGAAUGGGGAAACAAACAGCCUUGGGGAAGUUGUUGAAUGACCAACAUGAAGUGAACACUAGCAAAUGAUGUGGACAGAAUAUGACUAUAAAAUUUUAAUUGAAUUUCAAAUAAUGUAAUAGAGAUUUAUUUUGACUGGAAAACUAUGAAGAGAUAACCUCGAAAUCUGAAAUAGGGAUUAUUAUCAUUAUCAUAUUACUUGUAUGAUGACUAGUGGCCAGUAUGUCAUUGGGCACAUAGUAGGUGCCGGGUGUCCUUGAUACAUAUAAUCAUCACAAAACUGCAUCCCUUGUGAAAGUUGUUUGGUAAGUACUAUUACUAUCCUCGUUCUGAAGAUGGGUAACCAAGAAACAGGCAAGAUAGGCAGAAACAAAUCAUUAAUUAUCCGACAUCACAUAGAUAGAAAUUAGGGCAACUAGAACUUGCAGGGCAGAAUGACCCUAGAUCCCGUGCUGAACCAGCACACCAGUAUGGACAAAAUGCCUCACAGUUUAUGAAUCCCUUCUCCUGUAUUUUGUCACAUUUCAUCUUCGCAGUCAGCCUGUGGGGUGAGCAUUAUGUCACAGUGAGUAAGUUGCACAAAGCCAUCCAGUUAAUUGUGACAACGCUCAAAUGGGAAGCCUAGUCCUCUUCCUCACAAUCCAUACCUUUACUUUCCACUGGAGUCUCAUCUCAUAACUUGACAGUUCCUAGGAGUUCAUGCGUUGGUAAAGCACUCUUAGUUCUGGAAGCCACAAUUGUAGAUGCAAAAUGAACAUGAUCAACUAGCAAAUACAAUGUGAAACAGAUGCUGGGUUAUACACUGAUGUGGUGAGCUAUAUCGAAGCAGGUGGAUAGAUACUAUCAGUGGGAGCAUAUUUGUAAACUCAUGAUAGUAAGUAGUUGAUAUUGCACAGUGUUGUGAAUAAACACUGGGUUAAAUCAAAGGGCAAAGGCCCUAGGUCUCCUGGCAUUGGAAAGUUCAACAUCUAAUGACUUCUUCACUAAUAAAUAAUAUCUGACAUAUUUACUUCAGAAACACUGUGAAAAUCAUAUAAAGGGAUGUGUAAUUCCAGACACCUGGCAUUCAUAUGCCAUCAGCAUAUGAUCAGUGCCUAAUAAAUAGUGUGUGUGUUCAGUAAAUGAAUACAUGACUUGUAUGUGGAGCAGCAUAUAACUUUAAAUAUGUAUAUAAUAUAUACAUAAAAAUACACAAAUAAUUGGUAAAACACAUAUAAUUAUACCUCAUUUAUUUGUAUACCUGUCACAGACAUUUUUAUUUCACAGACUCAGUUUUAUGUUUAUAAAAUUGAACCAAUUUAAAUACAGCUUAUGCUUAUGGUUCUUCAGCCCUUCGACUUAAUCUUCUUGAAUUAGGGGAAGAAAUAUUACCUACCAAUUAGGUAUAGACACAAAUACAAAAUUAUGUCACUUUGCCAGAACCAGGUCUGUUUUAAUCUACUGGUCACAUUCAUUCAUUCAGUAUUCCGUUAUUGAAAACCUGCAAUGUGAGAGACCUCGUGCUAGGAGUUUCAGGAGGUCAAAGGUCAAGUGACCGCUUUGUCCCAGUUUGCCUGGGACUUAUGUUACUGCUCCCUCCACAUGUUUUAUAGUCUAACCAGAGGUGUAAAACAUGUAUAUAAAAAUGAUGUAGACUAGAAAUGAUGUGUAUCUUGAGAUGGGUAUGGUUAAAAUCCACUGAGCAUUCAGAAGUUGAAGAGAUAACUACUUCAACUUCGUGAGGCCAGAGAGGAAAAGACAUUUAAACUGGAUCAGAAAGUGUCACCAGAUUGAUUUAUAGAGUCUCUGAAGAAUACACAACCUGAGGUACAAUCUGUAGCAAAGGUAAGAAGAUGGGGACCUGUACAUAGCAGUUCAGCUUUCCUGGAGCUUAAAAAGAGAAGUGUGCACCCCAGUGACCAUUUGGCCCAGGACUGAGGGGUUCUGGGAUAUGGAAUUUUGAGUGGUAAAUCCAGAAAAAUCCUGGGCAAGCCAGGAUGAGUUGCUCAUCCUAUUGUGCGCUCAAGUAUAGUGCUAAUGAUGGGUUCUCAAGGGGUAUUAGUAAGUGAACAUAUUUAGCUGUCACCUAUUUUUAAAAAGUCAGUACUUCGAUAAAGUUUUAUUUUAGUUUAUUUAUUUAUCUAAAUCAUAAUAAAGUGAUUUUUCAACCAGAAAUAAUCACUUGCCUUAUUUUUGGCUAGAUCCAGUUUUUUAGAAGUCUCUCUCUUCGCUACUUUGAAAUGCUGCUCCCCAUGUCCUCAGUCAUCAGGGUCACGUAAAGGCAUAUUGAUGUAGUUUUAGCUUCCUCUGCAAGAGAGGUAGGUUAGCAAAUUAGCUGUUGAAUUCAGCCACAGGGUUUGUAAUUGGAGAACUGAGUUCAGAUCUCCUUACUCAGUUUGACCUUGGGUAAGUCGCUGUCUCUCUGAGCCUCAGGUUCUUCAUCUUUGUGAUUGCAUAUGAGAUAUUAAACCUUAGAAAAUGUUAGGCGGCUAAGUGUCUACUCAAAAGUGCCCAAGCAUUCCCUAAAAUGAAUGCAGGGUUUUUGUCACCCAAAAUGAUGCGCAUACCUAAAAAUACAGUUUAGUAAUGCCUUUUUAAAAAUGUCAUUAAAGGCUCUUUUAAUCUGUAGACUUUCUCUCCAUCCUAUCUCCCCUCCCUCUGCCUCUCCCUCUCAAAAACUGGAAUAUGUACCCAUGUCAAGUUGCUCACACUAUGAAUUUGGCUGAUUGCAUCUCCAUGGUAUAGUUUAAUAUACUUCUCUAUUCUCUGCAUUCCCUGUAAUUUACUCACAUUUGGAAAGGCUCUUUCAAGAGCGGUGUCGUUUUCUUCUGUCAGGUUGUGUGUGUGUGUGUGUGUGUGUGUGUGUGUGUGUGUGUGUGUGUGAUGUUAGCAGCCAUUAAUUCUCAGUAUCUAGUUUAAGGAUUUCUGGCAUGGGUAUGUUCUAUCAUUCCUUCUUCAUUUAUUCACUGGAAUAAUUCUGUAAGAGAAACUCUCAUCUACUCUUUAAUUACUCAGUGUUACCAUCUAUAUAGGAAAAGCAAGAAAAAUGCUAGAUUCCUUCCUUACAUUUACCUCUGCUUUAGCCCUCUUAUAUGCCCAUCUAGAUCCUGAGGAACAUGUGUCCAAUUUUGUAUGCCACCACACAUUGGGGGAAUAAACUAACACAAAUUAAAGGCAAUAAUAAGAAGUAUAUUUUGAAAUACAUACGCAACAAAUGUUUUUGAUGAAUUUUUUUGCACAGAUACUUGGAAAGGUGAUCAUCUAUUCUCUGCGUAUUUUUAAGCUAUAACAUCCCAUAUUAUUACCACCCAAGAAGAUAGUAUUUAAUCCAUUUGUAUUUUUAAAACAUUGUCCGGAUUAACUCGUUUGCCCCUAUGUACUUCUGACUUUAUAUUCUAACACAAAAUUUUGCGGUGUAGUCAUUGGAAAACCUAAAGCCUCACAUGCUAAUGAAAUUCAGGGAACUUUGGAAUUAUGAAUUCCCUUUUUCUUCAAUUCUGUGGAAUGAUCCCAUUAAUAGCAGAAGAUGGAAUCCUUCCAGAGUCUAUGGGCCACGGGCAGCGUGUGAUAAAUGAUUAAAGAAGCUACCUCUGCUUCCUGAAAUAGAAACAAUAGAACAGGGGCACCAGUAAUGAAUAAAGCAAAUGGCCAGGAGAAAUUGCUGAAUGAAUAACUUCAAUGUGAAAUUACUGACUUCACUGGAAUGCUCAUUCUUUACUUUCUGGUGACUGAGAAAAUAUUUUUUAGACUUAUAAUUGUUUCUCUUUUCUUUAAAAGUGAACUACAAAGUAUUGUGAGAAGAAAGCUGCAACAAGCAACGGUAGCUUUAAUAAUUAGGUUUCCUACUUAGCUUUCAAAACCUGUCUCAUGAAGAAGUUUUAUAAGUAGAAAAAGCAAACACUUUCACUGAUGAAUAGGUGAACCAUCCUUGCCUUACUGCAUUCUAAUUCCUUUUAAAGCACAGAAUUUAAGCAUCUGAAUAUCAUUUAACUCUUUCACAGUUGUGCAAUACAGAAUCCUCCAAAGAAAUAGACAGUGCUCACUUUAAGGAUGUGAACUGCAGCGGAAGAACACUUCCUUGGAAGUAGUGAUAGAGGCUCAGAGAAAAGUAGCAUUUUUUAAAGCAUCAAAUAUAUAUUUUUUACCACUGCACCUAAGGAAGAUGGCUUCUGCUUGUUGCCCCCCAGUGAUGCCCAUAACGGUCCUUUGAGAUACCUCCUUGAAAACAUUCUUUCUGUAACGGGAUCAACAUAAUUAAUAUCUGCUACAAGUGGUUUCUAAUUUUCAGGAAGUCCUGGUGAACUUUGUUCGUAUGCAGUGUUCCCAAUUAUGAUACCACUUUCAUGUAGGUCUCUCAGCUUGGCUUCCAUCCAGGCUGUUAGGUGAAAUUAGGCCCAGAAAAUCGGAUUAUUACAUCCCAAGGGAAAGGACUGAUAAGAAGCAGAUGAUUGCUCAUCUCCUUGCUACUUGCUGGUGUUGAGGUGUUACUAGUUGCAAAGCCAAUUUGUUAACAAUUAGUACUCAUUAGAAUCAUUUCCUGUUAUCGAUUCUAAACAUUUGACAAAGCGCUUUUAGGAAAUUGGACCCCAAAAAGUAGCUACACAUAAGUGACGAGCAAUUAAAAAUCUUCAAGAUCCAAUGUAAUUCCAAACCAGAGUCAUCAGUUUCCAAGUAAUUAUUUUUGCUUUGGAACCCACCUGCUAUCCUGUCCAGUUUAAAGAUGUGCUGGAACAAGGACAUACUUCUUAAUUAGCAGAGGUUGUGGGUAAGUCAGAAUAGGAACAAAAGGAAUUUUCUUUUAUUACCCGCUUUAGCUGUUUCUAGUAUAUCUUUAAGGGACAAAAAUUGCCAGCUUGCAAUACAAUAUAUGUAUUUGUGAGAGUGUGAAAUUAAACGCAUUACUUCUAUUAUCUAAACAUCCAAGCUUAGUUCUUAAAAGUCUGUGUUCACCUUUGUACGUUAUGAACUCUAAAUAUAGAAUCAUAAAUGGAGUCAUUGUGCAUUACAUUACAAUUUAAAUAUUGCCAGUGUCAGCUUUCUGAAAUAUUAUAUAUGACUUUAAUAAAAUUAGCAUAAAUACCAUAUGCAUUUGAAUUUUUUUUCUUAGAAAAGGCAUUGUAUUCAUCUGAUUUUUAAAUAUAGACCCACAUGCUUUAUAGUGCUACAAAUUCAUAUUCAAGAGAUAUGCCUUUAUUACCUAAUUAAAAUAUUUAUUAUCUGUACAAGUAUUAUCUCUUAAUACUUGCUUAAAUUUUCUUUACUUAGACUAAGAAAAUAUGCCUUAUUUCCUCUGUGGUAGGUAAUGGUCUUUACACUUUUUUUUUUUUGGUAGGAUCAGAAUUAAAACUGAAUGUUAGCCCCCAUCUUCUGUUCCUUUGCCACAUCACUCCCUAAAUUUUCCUUUGCUUCUGUGUUUAUUUUGUAAAUGCAAAUAAUCGCUCCUCUUCAUCCUCCCCUAGACUUACUAAGUGCUGAAAAUAUUUCUCCUCAUUGUUGCAAAACGUAGAGAUGUGAACUAAGUGUAUUUCUGUUUCUGAAUUUCUUAUUCCCAUAUUGAAACCUUACAUCAACAGAGAAAUUAAGUGUAUGUUCUUUUUUGAAAUGCCCUAUGCUCAUCCCUGUAUCCUUAAUAAACAGAGAUGGUAUUGACACAAGUGAAUUUUGUUUAACCACACUACAUUUGCUUCUUAAUUAGUGAAUAUUCAUCUGUCAUCAGCAGCAGCUAUGACACCCCUCCCUGCUAACAUGUUCUGUCAUAAAUAAUCAAUGAGGCACUAUUAAUAUUCAUGAGCUGGAAUCUGUGUAGUCAUGUGCACUGAUGCAGAGACAGGGGGAGUGUUGCCAUGAACUGACUGGAAACUCUGUGUGUGUAUCCGCGAGUGCGAGAUACUUAGGGAAAGCGAAGAGCAUGCUGCUGCGCACCACCCUGGCUUGUGCUUCCUGCUAACAGCGGUUUGUCUGUGUUUCUGGGCUGAAGUGACUGAUGAAAAACAGUAGUCAAGUCUGGAGGGUGAUUCCCUUUCAGUUCACUUGCCUUUCAGUUCUGGGGAAAUUAGAAGAUUUGCUCUCUGUCUCUGCUUCUUAGAAUGGGCUGCAAUUUGUGCACUUUUCAGAAAAGAGAGGAACACUACAAACUGCUGUAUGAAGUUUCCCAGGUCAAUGGGAAGGAUCUCUCAAAGGCCACCCAUGAAGAGGCAGUGGAAGCUUUUCGAAAUGCCAAGGAACCCAUUGUGGUCCAGGUGCUAAGACGGACGCCUCUCAGUAAACCCGCGUAUGGAACGGCCCCGGAAGUGCAGCUCAUGGACGCCAGCACUCAGACAGACAUCACCUUUGAACACAUCAUGGCUCUGGCCAAACUUAGACCACCUACCCCUCCAGUGCCAGACAUCUGUCCAUUUCUGCUCUCAGACAGCUGCCAUUCUCUUCAUCCGAUGGAGCAUGAAUUUUAUGAGGACAAUGAGUAUCUUUCCAGCUUGCCUGCUGAUGCAGACAGAGCAGAGGACUUUGAAUAUGAGGAGGUCGAGCUGUGUCGUGUUAGCAGUCAAGAGAAGCUGGGCCUGACGGUCUGUUACCGAACGGAUGAUGAAGAAGACACGGGCAUUUAUGUCAGCGAGGUAGAUCCAAAUAGCAUUGCUGCCAAAGAUGGCCGAAUUCGAGAAGGGGAUCGUAUUUUGCAAAUAAAUGGGGAAGACGUCCAGAAUCGAGAAGAGGCAGUGGCAUUGCUGUCGAGCGAGGAGUGUAAGAGAAUCGUGUUGCUCGUCGCAAGGCCGGAGACUCAGCUGGAUGAAGGCUGGCUGGAAGAUGAAAGGAAUGAAUUCUUAGAGGAGUUAAACUUGGAGAUGCUGGAAGAACAGCAUAAUGAAGCAAUGCAGCGCACGGCCAAUGAGGUGGAGCAGCCAAAAAAACAAGAAGAAGAAGAGGGCACAACAGAUACGGCAACGUCCUCCUCUAACAACCACGAGAAAGACAGUGGGGUGGGGCGCACAGAUGAAAGCUUGCGGAACGAUGAGAGCUCAGAGCAGGAGAACGCAGUGGAGGAUCCCAACAGCGCAUCCCUGAAGAGCAGGAGAGAGCUGGGGCAGAGCCAAGACACUCUAGGAAGCGUUGAACUUCAGUGCAAUGAGAGCUUCGCGUCUGGUGAAUACAUAGACUCAGACUGCAUUGGCAACCCAGAUGAGGAGUGUGAAAGAUUCCGACAGCUCUUGGAGCUCAAAUGCAAGAUUCGGAACCAUGGAGAAUAUGACCUGUAUUACUCGAGCAGCACAAUAGAAUGCCAUCAAGGGGAACAAGAGGGAGUGGAGCACGAACUACAGUUGCUUAACGAAGAACUGAGAAACAUUGAACUGGAGUGCCAGAAUAUCAUGCAGGCUCACAGGCUCCAGAAAGUGACAGACCAGUAUGGAGACAUCUGGGCUUUGCACGAUGGAGGAUUCCGGAAUUACAACACCAGCAUAGACAUGCAAAGGGGAAAGCUAGAUGACAUCAUCGAACAUCCAGAAAAGUCAGACAAGGACAGUUCUAGCGCUUACAACACAGCUGAAAGCUGCAGAAGCACUCCACUCACUGUGGACCGUUCCCCUGACAGUUCCCUUCCAAGAAUGAUCAACCUCACCAAUAAGAAAAACCUGAGAAGCACAAUGGCCACCAAUCAGUCUUCUUCCGGGCUGAGCAGUAAAGAGUCGACCUCCCCCAAAGCCAAAAGCACUGAACCAGGUUGCAGCAUUGAAGGCAAGGAGAAGAUUUCAGAGAGCGGCAAGCUUUCUGAUCAGGAGCAAACCAGCAGUGAACACAUCCCUUACCUCUCCCCUUACCACAGCUCCUCCUACAGAUACGCAAAUAUCCCGGCACAUGCCCGCCAUUAUCAAAGCUACAUGCAGUUGAUUCAACAGAAAUCUGCAGUGGAGUAUGCGCAGAGUCAGCUGAGUUUAGUGAGCAUGUGCAAGGAGUCUCAGAAGUGUUCAGAGCCCAAGAUGGAAUGGAAGGUGAAAAUUAGGAGCGACGGGACGCGGUACAUAACAAAGAGACCAGUACGAGACCGGAUUCUGAGGGAACGUGCCUUAAAGAUCAAGGAGGAGCGCAGUGGCAUGACGACGGAUGAUGACACCAUGAGCGAGAUGAAAAUGGGCCGCUACUGGAGCAAAGAGGAAAGAAAGCAACACCUGGUUCGGGCCAAGGAGCAGCGUCGGCGCCGGGAGUUCAUGAUGCGGAGCCGGUUGGAGUGUCUCAAGGAGAGCCCCCAGAGCGGCAGCGAGGGCAGAAAGGAGAUCAACAUCAUUGAACUGAGCCACAAAAAGAUGAUGAAAAAAAGAAACAAGAAAAUUUUGGACAACUGGAUGACAAUCCAAGAACUGAUGACCCACGGGGCCAAGUCUCCUGAUGGCACACGAGUUCAUAAUGCCUUUUUGUCAGUCACCACCGUAUGACCGAAUGAACAGCGAUGCAACUGAUGUUAGGAGGGCGCUACCAGUUUGGGUAGAGUAUGAUUGCCUCGUUCAAUGCGGCAUUUUUAUAUAUAUUUUGCGACUCUUUAUAGUUUAAAGUUUUUGUAAGCAAAAAUACCUGGUAAUUUUUCAUUUGUUUUUCAUAUACUAGUACCUUCUUUUUUGGCUGAGAUCUUUCUUUAACUUGUGAUAUAUUCAUAUUACUCAUUUAUAUAUAUUAAAAAAAACAAACACAAGGAAAGAAAACAAAAAACUUGAACAAAAAUACUGAGGAGCCAAUUAAUUUCCUACUUUAAUGUAUCUAUUGUAAGUUAAGAUCUGGAUUUAUUUCUCUAGUUUACUUAUUUUCUACUUUAAUAACAACUCAAUGCCAAAACAUUUCUAUGCUUGCUUCUUGGCAUAAUACGUAUGAAAUCAAACCUGUUAAUAAAUCAUGUGCCACAUCUUGUCUUACGCAUAAAAACCACCUCUUUUUAACAUCCCGUUGUACAUUAACACAUCAAUGGCCGUUGUCUUUGUCUCAGUAAAGUGUAAGUGGACAAUCUUCCUGUGGUAUGUAGUGACAUUGGUCAUGUAGCUAGAUAAUUGUGGUAAUUGUGACAAUAAAAAAUAAAUUAUUGAUUAUCCUUAAGAAAAGCUAUCAAGGGGUGUUUUAUUUUCAUUGUUCACUGUGGUUACCAGAUUUAAAUUAGUCAUAUAUGUAUACUAUUUAGAAGAGUCCUAAUUGUGGAUUAUAAAAUGUGUACAUUUUCUAUCACUUUCUUUUCCAAUAAAAUUGUCUCGAAAUACUUCCCAUA